AUGUCGAAAAGUGGCGAUCCGAAUAAAAGUAGUGUCUACAAGGUUUCCUUUUUUAGGAUUUGAUCAAGAUUCAAGGAUCACAUUUUUUUUACUGAUAUACUAAAACGAUAGUCAAAUAUAAUGGCCUUGUGAAAAUUUUCUUUUUUUUUCUCAAUUGCGCUCCAAACUAACACUGCAAACGUCGGGAGUGUGGAAAACGGGAGUGACUACAAAAUGGCCGCUAAAAGGGUUCCGUUUUUCGGCCUUUCUUUCUUGGUCGGCUAAAAAGCAUCAAAAUAGGGUGAAAAAAGGCCGCAAAAAAGGUGCCGGAAGUCUCGGCCAUUGAUGAUUUUUGAUUUUAUUACUGUAGCACGUUUUGGUUCAUACACAGUCCCUGGUAGAGAUAUUCUCAGUUUGAAAAAUUUCGUGUCCAAAAAGGGUGGAUAAAGGUCGAUGAAAGGACGGAAAAAGGCAGUAAACGGGAAACCGGUACCACCCGUUUAGGAACAAUUGAUGGAAAGCUUUUGCUCCCAUAACGGACGCUCAAAGAGCCCGUAAAGGAUCCUUCCGACUUUGCCUAUGCUUUACUUGAUUUUUAUGCAAAAUUCAGCCGGAUGAAACGGUGUCUUGCGACGACUGUUCGGCAUUCAUCACACGAAAACAAGUCACGACGGUAAGCUUCAUUCAGAAAACCAUCGUACCUCUGUUGUAAGGGUUCCGUAGUGAUGGUCUUGGGGCGGCUGUAUCAUCUCGAACAUCUCAAAUGCGUAUUCUGCAAGGUAAUUUUUUUCAUUCAUGAAGAAAGAACUUUUUUGCUUCGAGAUACCGCUGCGUGGAAAUCUCUGUUUUCCGUCUUUGGCAGACGCGACGAAGCCCGCGUGCUACGACUGCAACAUGAACACGCGCCACGCUCCUUGCCACGGUCAUUCUGGAAAUUUAUUUCUUAAUAUCGCCAGCUAGUCAAGCUGGAAUCGUUUUUGAAAACCUCGGAAGUUUCGGCCUAGAAGUUGGAAAAGUAGAAGUUAUCUGCCUAGGAAGGAAUUUCGGGUCCGCGAAUACUCGUGAGCGUGAAUUGUGCUUACACCAAUGUUGGGGGCUCGAUCAUUUGAAAGUUUGAAUAAUGCUCUUUCACAACAGAGAAGUUUUCAGAGUGCAACGAGCCGCUGAAAGAAUUCGGGCUGUCGGCGUUGGGUCGACUGUGGCAUCGCAAGUGCUUCAGAUGCGCCAGCUGCCACAAAAUCAUCCCAAGUUGAUUUUCAACCAGCCAACUCCUAACCGAAACUUUCAGACGGGGACUACUUUGCGCACGACGGUCAUCCGUUUGACGAAGACUGCUACGUCCAGCAUUUCAGAUGAAAUCAUCAAAAAUUAUCUACUUAUGACCUAUUUAAAAACUUUAAAACCAUUCUUGCUCAAAAAUUACUUUCAACACACUUAUAGUAGAAAAUGAAGUAAAUGCCAUUUUAAAAGUAAUUUCCGCGAAAUGCAAGAUUAUCUCUGACUCUCCAAUAUUUAAUUUUCUUUUUCUUUCUCAGACGACUAUUUUGAAUUUCGCGGAAUAAUUUUGAACACGACAAGCAAAACAAAUAAAAAUCAAUGAUGCAUUUUUUUUUUUCGAAAAACUGUCGUCAACUAUAGCGCCGAGUACGCAAACAGCGCAUUUGACGUGAAAAUCAAAAUAGUUGAUUGAUCGCGAAAUUUAGUAAAUACACUUUUCUGGUUUCUAGAGAUUCGAAUAUUAAUACAACUAGAGAGAAAAGUUACAUUAAAUAUCCUACACCAAAAGCAUCAUAGUUUCACAAAACAAAAACCGGGCUUUCAACUUUUUCAACCACUUUUGGAUUUCAAUUUCGUCAAAGGCGGUUGUUUGUUAUAGCUUCGACAGUUCUUGUUAACCGCCUAGUCGUUUCCAUCUAUCAUUGAAACAAGAAAAAUUAUGAAAUUGAAUGAACAUGUUGUACAAUUAUUAUCUCAUUUCUACCACCCGAGUGGUCGGUCUCAUUGCCGCUCUCUCAUGAGAUAAUAUUCCGACGCCCGUCAGCCCUGGACAAGCUGGGCGCCGUACUGUUCCUACAGGGAGAAGCAGUGAUCGUCGGAAACGCUCGAAAACCGUCUGUCUACUACUUUCACCAGAAGAGCGAGAUGCUCUACGCGCCGUCUACUCUUGAUCAACGGCAGUUUCGCAAACCGACGAACAACUCUUCAAUUAUUCCAUGA